AUGAAUCGUUUUGGUGAAAUGAUUCAAAAGAUUCGAAACACUUGUAUGAGUCUCCCACCUGGAAGUAAUCGAGGUAGCCAUGUCGACUCUUGUCGACAGAGGGCGCUGUUUCGUCGCUCUCCUCUGGCACACGGAAGUAGCCGAUGGGGGUGCUGAAAGUGCUGGUAAUUUUAUCCUCUUUGAUGAGGGUUAGCAUCGCACUGCACCGUUUCUUGCCGUUUUCACGGGAUCAUGACCAUUUUUAACAUUGGAAUAGCGACCCCUCGUUUGAGCUCAGACGACUUAUGAUUUUACCAGUUCCCGUUUGAAUAACCCCUCUUCGGGAAAAAAAUGGAUCAGGAGUUUGAGAACAUCGAUUCAUCUGGACAGUGGCAAAACCUUUAUAAUGAAAUCCGUAACCAGUCGCAGGAGUGUCCCUACAAAGUGGCAAAGUUCCCAGAAAAUCGCAAUAGGAAUAGAUAUAGAGACGUCAGUCCCUAUGAUCACAGUCGGGUGAGAUUAGAAAAUUCAGAGAAUGACUACAUAAAUGCGAGCCUAAUUACCAUGGAGGAGGCCCAGAGAAGGUACAUAUUGACACAGGGCCCACUGAGGAACACUUGUGGUCACUUCUGGCAAAUGAUUUGGGAACAGCGUUGCAAAGCCGUUAUUAUGCUUAACAGAGUUAUAGAAAAAGGCUCGGAGAAGUGUGCGCAGUACUGGCCAUCAGAGCAGGAGCGAGACAUGGAUUUCAGUGACACUGGGUUUGUGGUGACUCUGGUGUCUGAGGAUGUCAAACCAAAUUACACAAUCAGACUAUUAGAACUCAGAAAUGGCAAGACCGGAGAAACCAGAGAGAUCUACCAUUUUAAUUACACAACGUGGCCUGAUUUUGGCGUGCCAGAGUCCCCAGCAUCAUUCCUCAACUUCCCUGUAGCCGUUGGACCCAAAUGCCCCUGUCUCCUUGCAAUCCCUGGAAAGGCAGAAGACGGCAGAGAAGGAGAGGCUGUUUUUGGUAUAUGCCAAACAGUGGUGGCAGGAGUUCUUGGAAAUUCGACCCUCACACCAGUCCAAGCUGGUGAAGAUCUUUGCACAGGUGACCUGAUGUUACUGAGCAAUGAUGAAAAUGGUGUGAACCGACCUGUGUGUUCAUAUGUACGGGUAUUGCGUGCCGGCAGGUUGCUUGAGAGUCCGCGGCAGGCGGCGCGUUUCGUUAGCCUGUUAGCUCAGGAGAGAGCACCUGUGGUAGGAGGAGGAGUUCGGCAGGAGCAGUGGUGCUCUAUGAUGGCCUUUCUGUGCAGAAACAAGGGCGACUGUGAAGAUCAUGCCACACUUCUGUGUAGUCUGCUGUUGGGAUUUGGACUGGAUGCUUAUGUAUGUGUGGGCACCAAAGCCAAAAACAUUCCAUACACCUGGGUCAUGACCUGUGGUACAGACGGCUCCAUCACCUUUUGGGAAAGUUUCACUGCACACAGGAGGGAAGCAAGAGUGCCGUGUUCGCUUCAGGCACAAGUCAAGUCCUAA